AUGGCCGCCGACGACACCUCGUCGACGGAGAUGGACUGGUCCAACCUCCUGGACGACCUCCUGGGCAUGAUCCGCGCGCGGGUCGCUUCCCCGCGCGGCCGCGUCUGCUUCGCCGCCGUCUGCAGAUCCUGGCGCGCCGCCGCGUCUCAGCACAUGGUGACGCCGGCGCUCCCGCUGCUGGUCCUCUCGCUCAAGGCGUGGGGCAAGAGAAAUGACCUCUACUGCCACGAUGAAGGCAGGGUUUUCCACGUUCCGCUCCCAAGCAAACUGCACAACACGCGGUUCUGCGGAACCUACGAUGGCGGAUGGAUCGCCGCGAUUACCAUACCGAGCACGUUAGGGAUCGUCAACCUCUUCUCAAGCGUCGAGGUGGUACUCUCCACAAAGCAGAGGGACAUGGCAUGGCCAGGCCGCAAUGGACGACGACAGUUGAUCCGGAGAAUAAUCUUCUCCGAGGCCCCCACCUCGAGCGCCUGCAUCCUUGCUGCCUUGACCACCGACCACGACAAGGUGGCGCUGUGCAGGGUUGGCUGUCCCGGCGGAGGAUGGACAAUCCAUGGAUGUGAUAGGGAGGAGUUUUGUGAUAUUGUAUUCCACCAUGGGGAGCUCUAUGGCCUCACACGGCGUGGCGAGAAAUUGUUCAAGUUUGACAUUGGCAUUAACCAAGAUGGGGCACCAGUGGUCACCGCCGCCCACCCAUUGGACGUCCAAUCGUGUGACGCACCAAUAGCGAGCAGUUACAUUUACUUCACCACCUACAUCUUCGGUUUACAUGGUAAGUUGGCAAUGGCCAUGAUGACCCGAUGGUUUGAAAAUCACAACCCUUUCUUCAAGGUGUUUGAACUUGCGGUGACAACAGAUGAUGCACAUGACUAUGAGUGGAAAGAGGUGUGCACCUUGGGCGAUUGCGCCUUGUUCUUGGGGCAAACAUGUUCCUCUCGAGUGGUACAUGUGCAAGAGGGAUGGCGCGAUGUUGUAGAGAAAAACCACAUCUACUACUCAAAUUAUCGCAAUACGGAAAGUAAAGAGUACCAAGAGUUCAACGAGGAAGUGCACUUGGCAAGAUCGGGAUAUGGUGACGAUAUCUAUUGCCGAAAAGACGCAAUAACUGAUGGCCACGGCCAUGGAAAGGAGCUAUUCCCCUCGGUGAGAUACUACACUACAAGUCGCACAGGUUGUCCAAUGUGGUGCUUCCCUCCCGACUUCUAG